UUUAUUUUACAUUUACUUUUGAAGUUACAUUUUUAAAAGAUAGCUUUUAUAUUUGUCUUUCAGAGUUACAUUUUUACGAUAUUUUAUAUUAGUCUUUUGGAAUUACAUUUUAAAGAUUUUGUGACAUUCAUUUUUAGAGAUAUCUUUCAAAGCUUUUUGCGUUAGCCUUUUGGAGUUACAUUUCGAAAAGAUGUUUUUGCGUUAGUCUUUUGGAGUUACAUCUGUUUUAAAAGACUCUACAUUAGUCUUUUGGAGUUACAUAUUUUAAAACUUUUUUGCGUAAGUCUUUCGGAGUUACAUUUUUGUUAAGAAGAAGACUUGUGCGUUAGUCUUUCUGAGUUGGGUAUAAAAAGGAGAAUUUGAAGCUUCCUCUCCCUCUGCUUGACCAUGUUGGGUUGCUGUGAUUCUCGUCCUGUCCGGAGAACCUCAUGGCUGGUCAGCGCCCUGUCCCAUCACUUCGGCUCCGAGGGCGGACAAGUGGACAACGAGAUCGUGGUGUUAGCCACCGGCCUGGACCAGUACCUGCAGGAGAUCUUCCACCACUUGGACUACGAGGGGGACGGGCUGUUGUCGGGAGAGGACUUUCGGGCUCUGUGCUCGGUGCUGGGGCUGGAGGAAGGUGUAGACGGGCCGCCCGAAGCGGUCACCUUCCGGCACUUCCACGCCCUCCUGUGUGAACCUUUCCACGGCCUCCUGGCCCGGGGGGAACCGGGGAACCGGCUGCCGGUCAGCCAAGAGACCGAACACAUCGAGAGGCAGAUCCGGCUCCGGUGCCCCCGCCGCCGCCGGAGGAAGAAGGAGAAGAAGAGCGUGUCUUUCCAGCUGCCCCGGGUCGGAGGUGAAGAGGACGUGGAGGAGGAGAGCCCUGAGCCCGGGGCCGAAGAGGCACAGCAAGAUCCCAGUGCGGGGGAGCUGGAGAAUGCCAGCCUGCGGGAGUUGGUGGAGGAUCUCCGGGGAGCCUUGCAGAGCAGCGAUGCCCGCUGCCUGGCCUUGGAAGUCGGUCUGCGGAAGGCUUUGAGCGGUUUCCCCGGGGCUCCGAGACGGCAGACCCAGGAACCGCGUCCGCCCGGCCUGAGCUGCUGUCCGGUCCCUCGCGUCUGCCCCGGUUCCCGUCACCUGCUCCGGGAGCUGGAGCUCAUCCGCGCGUCCCGGGACGGUCAGAUUGACGAGGCCAGGCGCUUAAACCGCCAGCUGGAGCAGGAGCUCCGGGAUGCUCACUGCCGCCUGGGGUACCGGGAGUACCGACUGGCCGCCCUCCGAGCCGAGCACGGCCGGCUCCGCGACAAAGCCGAGAGCGUGACUGCAGCUCUCCGGGCCGCCCUGGACAACGUGAAGGAGCUGGAGAGGAGAGCCCGGCAGGUCCCCGUCUUAGAGAGCCGGGUCCAGGAACUGCAGCACCAAAUGCAGCGCUACAGGUCACAAGAGGGUCAAGGCAGAAAGGACCCAGGUUUUCUGCGCCACUCCCAACACUGGCACAAAUAUUACAGCUCUCAUCAAAAUAAUUGGAGUCCCUCAUUCCAACCAGCACGGAGUCCGCCAACGGGGAAAGCAGAUUGUACCUCGGAAAACAGGGAAUGUUACGCCUCGCAGAAUGGAGAUACUUCCUGUAACAAAGAUGAGGGACAUUUACUCAGAGCAGUCGAGGGAUGCGCUGCUUCUGAUGAUGAGGAAGAGAGAGGUACGGAGGGUCAACACUGUCAGCUGAUGGAACCGAACAGAGAUGGCUGCAGUAGUGAAGGGUGCCACAGUAGCACAUUACGACAAUUGCUGUCUCACAACUGCAGCUUUGAGAACAGGGAGAAUGGUUCCAUGGUCUUUCUGCCAUGGAUGGAAAGAGAAAAGGAACUCACGACUCAGCUAAAGAACAAGGAGGAGCAAGUGACAGAGCUCCAGACUGAGACUGAGAAGUUGUCAUGUGCAAUGACCAAGGAACUCCAGCUGAAAGGGGAGGAGGUGGAAAUGCUGAGGAUAGAACUGCAGAUGGUUGAAACUGAUCGGGUGCGACUCUCGCUGAUUGAGGAGAAACUGACCGAUGUACUGCAGCUUCUGCAGCAACUGCGAACACUGAAUAUUUCCAGACGGUCGUUGGGAAAGAUUUUAAUGAACACUUUGGACUCCUGUUACAGUGUGGGACAUGGAAUGAUGAGCUCCUUGGACAUAUUGAGUGUUCUCCAUAAAGAAUUGCUGUCUUGUGAGUUACUCACCAAAGGUUCCUGUCAAACAGAAGAUGAGCAGAUCAUGAAGAAUUCCCUGGUGAUAUCAUGUUAGUGUAUGGAAAUGGACAGGUGCGAUUAAGUAGCAUUAGUCAUUUGCAGCAAUAAUCUUCAAUCUUUCCCUCUUGAGUAAUCAGUUGGCAUGUGGCCACAUUAUUAGGAAGAAACCGUUUGAAAAUCUAUCACUCAGAUUUACUUGUUCAUUAAUACUUCUGUACCAAAGGCUGGUUGAUCACAGCCUGGCACAUACAGGCAUUUGAAGGAAUUGAUGAUAUGCCAACUGUGCUAUCUUGGACUUUGACCAAACUUCUGGGACAAAAUUCUAUAAAUUUGUACCUGGAUCCACAACGACAAGCUGGUCAAUCUAAAGGAAGAACUUGACGGUACUUGGGAUAUCGUAGCUAAUGAAACCUGUUUUCUGAGUGGACAAAUAAGGUAGCCACAUCGUGCACAGAAAGAUCCCACAAAGAAGGCGACCGGAGUUAAUUUAGUCAUAGCUGUGAGAUGGUUGUUCAUCAGGAUAUUGGGAGAGUUCUCUGCAGAAAGAGGAGUGAUGGAUGUUAUGUGUCCAUUGGAACAGGUCGCUGAUGCCUUGUAAUGCCUCAUCUCACUGGUCACACUUCCAGCAAUUCGAUGUUGCUUCUAUACAGGACUGAACUUUUAACAGGAAGCAGAAUACCACAGAUGCCAGAGAUUUGAAAUAAAAAUGAAAUUAAAAAAAAGCAUUGGAAAAAGCUCAGCAGCUUCUGUGAAGAGAAAGAGACUUAUAUCAGAGAAGAUGAUGUGCUUAGUCUUGAAGUGUCUAUCAGCUAACCACAUUCCACAUAACGAUAAGUGGCUCAGAAUAACAAGGCCAUGAAACAAUAAAUGAAGCAUUAGGGUUUAUUUCUGAUGGGAGAGAUUUGAAAAUAAGUGAACCUUGAUUAGCCUGUACCUGGAACACUGCAUAUAGUCCUGGACACCAUAUGAUUAAAAAGAAAGAUAUUGAGACCCUGGAGAGGGUGUAAAACAGAUUUAUAAAGGAGAAUGCCACAUUGGACCGCUUUGCAGAAAACCAAGCGGAGGCUUGGGGACUGCUUUGCAGAACACCUCCACUCGGUUCGCAAUAAACAACUGCACCUCCCAGUCGCGAACCGUUUUAACUCCCCCUCCCAUUCCUCAGACGACAUGGGCCUCCUGCAGUGCCACAAUGAUGCCACCCGAAGGUUGCAGGAACAGCAACUCAUUUUCCACUUGGGAACCAUGAAGCCCAAUGGUAUCAAUGUGGACUUCACAAGCUUCAUUAUCUCCCCUUCCCCCACUGCAUCCCAAAACCAGCCCAGCUCAUCCCCUCCUCCUACUGCAUCCCAAAACCAGCCCAGCCUGUCUUCACCUCCCUAACCUGUUCUUCCUCUCACCCAUCCCUUCCUCCCACCUCAAGCUGGACCUCCAUUUCCUACCUACUAACCUCAUCCCACCUCCUUGACCUGUCUGUCUUCCCUGGACUGACCUAUCCCCUCCCUACCUCCCCACCUAUACUAUCCUCUCCACCUAUCUUCUUUUCUCUCUAUCUUCGGUCCGCCUCCCCCUGGCUCCCUAUUUAUUCCAGAACCGUCUCCCCAUCCCCCUCUCUGAUGAAGGGUCUAGGCCCGAAAUGUCAGCUUUUGUGCUCCUGAGAUGCUGCUUGGCCUGCUGUGUUCAUCCAGCUUAACACUUUGUUAUGCCAGAUUGAUAACACUUUUUUCUCCCCUUGAAAAGAGAAGGCUAGGGAAUGUCCUAUCAAUAAUCUUUACUAUUAUGGAGGAUUUUGAUCAUUCAGAAGAGCAUAACUAGAAGCCAUUUGUGUGAAAUUACCUCCAAGAAAUCUAACAGGGGAAAUAGUGGCAAAGAUACAAUGACAGGAUAGGUCCUGAUUGUUGAAGUUUUGGGGAGAACUUUCUGAUGGACCAAAUAAUACAGCUACAUAUAGCCUAGGCUGCUUGCUUUGGAUUCUUCACGUCAAUUAUUCCUAAGUGAUGGAAUUCCACAGAAGAGAGAGAGACCUUCCUGGGCUCCUCAUUGGUGGAGGCGCAGCCCUCUAAUAUGGAUACUUCAAAAGACGUCUGAGUUCCAUAAAAAAAACUCAAUUCCACACCAGCAGCAGUUACACUUAGACUUGCAUGGACCCCGAUGCUUAACAAAAUAUCCCAUGUUGCAGAAAGAUUACAAAGUUGUAGGGAACUUCUUUACCCAGAGAGCAGAACUCGCUACCAGAGGAAGCAGUUGAGUUGUAGAAUUUCAAACCAGUUAAGGAGUUGCCUAAAGGAGCUUGUAAGAGAGAAGAGAAAUGGAGGGCUAUGCUGAUUGAGUACAAUGAGAAAUGUGAGAAUAAGGUAUAGGGCUGUAUGGACUGUUUGGGAUGGAUGUCUGCUGCUAUGCUGUUGCUUCUCUGCAAUCUUCUGAUUUCAUGGGUUGUGUAAUUUGCCUAUUGGUAUAUACCAAAGCUGUACGAGCUGUGUACAUUUUAAAAACAACAAUAUUAGUUUUUGAAUCAGUGAUAAUGGGAACUGCUGAUGCUGGAGAAUCCAAGAUAAUAA